AUGUCGAGCACUUACUUGGAAUAGGUGAGAGCAGCCUUCUCCUAAAUCGAAGUCAUCGAAAAGACCCAUAGGUAUUCUGCAGUCCUCCUUGAUCACAGAAUCCACAACUUAAUUCAAAUGGCGCAAAAGACAGCGGCUGAUGCAUUGAUAUUGAUAGAUGGUGCUGAUGGUUGGAAGAAAGAAGAGAUGAAUUAUCUCUAAGGAGUCGGAGGUUCAGGUGAUGUCUGGGAAAACUUCUAUGAAAGAUUCAAAGAAAUCAAAGAUUAUCAUAAAAGAGUCGCCAAUGUUCAGACUAUGCAAAAUAAAGUACAUUAUAUUAACUUAAAUUAAGCAUUUGCACCACCAUUCAAAGAACCUUAUUUCUCCGGAGAAGAACAUCAUGGUAGAUUUCUUGAUAUGCAUGCUAGCUAUAAGGAAUUCUUGAAUCUCAAAAAGCUAAAGGAAAGCAACAAAAUCAAAAUUGGGGAUUAUUUGUGGUAUUUGCAAAAUUUUUAAAAUUUUCAUGACAUCCCGCUCUAUAUCAAAGAAAAGGAGGGAAGUAAAUACAAGAGAUAUCUCAUAAAUAUGUUGGAAUAUUUGCGUAGUUUUUAUUUAAGAGUAAAUCCAUUAUAAGAUGUUAGCAAAAUUGAAUAAAAAAUAGAUAUUGAUUUUUAAACCUAAUGGGAAAAUGGUUAAGUUAAAGGUUGGGAACACCGAAAAGAAGAAACUGAAGAAAUCAGAGGACAUCCUCAUUAUUGUGAAGCUUGUUAAAAGAAAUUUUAAAAUGAAAAUACCUUUGUAAAUCAUUUUGAUGGCAAAAAACACAAAGCAUUAGCUAAACUAAAAGAAAAACAAAUAGAGCAAGUCAUUUAAGCUAGCAAUCAAUAAGAAUUACCCAAGGAAGACAAUGAAGGACAAAGGAAAAAGAAGAUGGCUUAUUUAGAAGUGGCCAUCAUAUAAUACAAGGAUACUCUACAAUAACAAUUGAAUGACACAAUGAAUUUAGUGAGAAAGAAAUAAAGUAGAAGAUAUGAAGAAAAUGAAGAUGAUGAAGCUGUUCCAGUUUAAGAUUAAUAAUUAGAUCAACCUGAAGAAGCGAGCAGUGAAGAUGAAAGUCCAAUCUAUAAUCCAAAGAAUUUACCAUUGGGAUGGGAUGGGAGACCUAUUCCUUAUUGGCUAUACAAAUUACAUGGUUUGGGUGUUGAAUAUAAAUGUGAAAUAUGUGGUAAUACAUCCUAUUGGGGAAGAAAGGCUUUUGAAGAUCACUUUCAAGGUUGGAGACAUUCUUAUGGCAUGAGAUGUCUGAGAAUACCAAAUACUUUGCAUUUUAAAGAAAUCACUAAAAUUUAGGAUGCCAUCAGUUUGUAUAAAAAAAUCCAAUCAGAUCAAGAGAGAAGCAAAUUCAGACCAGAAUAUGAGGAGGAAUAUGAAGAUACUGAUGGAAAUCUUCUUAAUAAAAAAACUUAUUAUGAUUUAAAAAAAUAAGGAAUAUUGUGA